AUGUAUAUACUACCUAGCAUUGCAGUGUCGUUGCUUGCCGCCCCGUUUGUACAGGCGGUAGGCCUACGAAGACCUGCUCCACCCCCAGCAACAGGAGAGUCAAGCGCGACGAUCCAGGAGUCUACAUUCGAGCAACUACUCGACCAUGACGACCCAAGCCUUGGAACUUUCUCCCAGCGCUUCUGGUGGAAUUCAGAAUGGUGGGAUGGUUCUGGAUCUCCUGUGGUCCUGUUCACGCCUGGUGAAGUUGAAGCUGCGGAGUAUACUGGCUACUUGACGAAUGUGACGAUUACAGGCCUUUAUGCACAGGAGAUCAAGGGCGCCGUGAUUCUGCUUGAGCACCGUUACUGGGGUGAAUCUUCGCCAUAUGAUGAGUUGACCACUGAGAACCUGCAAUAUCUGACAUUGAAGAAUGCGAUUGCGGACUUGACAUACUUUGCCAAGAACGUGGACCUGCCAUUUGAUACUAAUAGCAGUAGCAAUGCUCAGAAUGCUCCUUGGGUUUUGAGUGGAGGAUCAUACAGUGGUGCUUUGACCGCUUGGACCGAGUCAGUUGCCCCGGGUACUUUCUGGGCGUACCAUGCAUCCAGCGCUCCUGUCGAGGCUAUUUAUGACUACUGGCAAUACUUCAUGCCCAUUCAGGAAGGAAUGGCAAAGAACUGCAGCGCAGAUGUCUCUCGUGUGGUCGAUUAUGUUGACGAAGUAAGCAAGUAUGGCACAAAAGCGCAACAGAAAGAACUCCAGACACUAUUCGGUCUGGGAGAUCUGGAGCACUAUGAUGACUUUGCCGCUGCAUUGGAGAAUGGUCCCUGGCUGUGGCAGUCCAACAGCUUCUACACCGGAUACUCCGAGUUCUUUGAGUUCUGUGACUAUGUUGAAAAUGUCGAGGCAGGAGCGAGCACUGUACCUGGACCAGAUGGAGUUGGCCUCAAGAAGGCUCUCAAAGGUUACGCCAAAUGGUUCAAGACCGUCUACUUCCCCGACUCGUGCGCCAGCUACGGCUACUGGACCGAUAGCAACAGCACUGCCUGCUACGACACCUACAAUGCCUCCAGCCCCUUCUUCACAGAUAUAUCUGUAGGCAACGAGAUUGACAGACAAUGGCAGUGGCUUCUUUGCAACGAGCCUUUCUUCUAUUGGCAGGAUGGUGCGCCGUCUGAUGUUACGACCAUCGUCUCCCGGACCGUCAACGCAGAGUACUGGCAGAGACAAUGCCCUCUUUUCUUCCCCACCGUUAACGGCUACACCUAUGGUAGCGCCAAGGGCAAGACUGCAGCUGAUGUCAACGCUAUGACCAAGGGUUGGGAUCUGACAAAGACCACCAGAUUGACCUGGACCAACGGACAAUAUGACCCUUGGAGAGAAUCUGGUGUUUCAUCUGACGUGCGCCCUGGAGGUCCUCUCAAGUCCCGAGCUUCCGCACCCGUCAAUAUCAUUCCCGGUGGUUUCCACUGCUCAGAUCUUAUUUUGGAAAACGGUGAGGUGAAUGCGGGUGCUCAGAAGGUCAUUGACACCGAAGUUGCCCAAAUCAAGGCUUGGGUGGCAGAGUACUAUGAGUAA